CUACCUUCUACAUCAUGCACCUUAUCUUAUAAUGAAGCGACGACGAUAACCCGAGUUCAAUGGAGACGACUGGGACACCGUUCAAUUAGAUAAAAUCUGAAAUCGGCUUCAAUUUAAUAAGUAACAUCGAAUUGUGACAUCCAGAUGUCCCUGCAAUUCCGGACCUAACCAUCACAUCGUCAUUGUCACUAUCGCUGAACAUUCAAGAUGGUAGUCCGAACAACUUCGCUUAACUCUAUAAAGAAUCUUCUCCCAAAGAUACACCAACCCUUACCAAUAAGCCGCCGCGACUCUCAACAAUUACUCGAAUCCAUCACUACCUCUUUCCGAAGGAACCUUGACGAGGAACACCCAUGGGAACAUGGCAACGAGCCAGUAUCGCAGAACUCGAUUCCCCAAAGCAGAAAACCUACUGCUUCGACAUUCAUAAACUCAAAUUCCUCAUCACCGUCUCCUGCGUCGACAGAUAUUUCGAAUCGCCAACGUCCUACAGACCGUCAUCUACGCGCCAUUCUCUCCAACCCACUUUUUGCUCAUCAAAAUAACAAGAAGUCGCCAGCGGCCCGUAGAAGCCAACUCGAUGUAUUCGACCAUGCCGUAGCGAGAGGGCUUAUGACACCCCGGCGCGCUGCUGGUUUCCUUGCCAAAGUGAGAUCAGAGAUAGUAGGCGAAUCCGAAGAUGAUAUCCGACUGGGCAUGGCCGAUUCUGGUGCUGGGCUUCGAGUAGUACAAUGGCUUAGGGCGUCUGGCUUAGAAAACAAUCUCCAGUUUCUUUCCGAUCCUGUCCUAUUCCCAGCACUUAUACCUUUCAUGUAUGCUGAAGGACUCGAAGAAGUAGCUUGGCAUUGGAUGGCGCGUAUAGGUACCCGUGACGAGGCUGAUGAGAUCAAGGACGCUCAAUUUGCUGUCCUGUCCUCACUUCUAUACGCGAUUAUGAAGCAGACAAACACCUCUUAUUCCGGGCUCAAGACUAGCCUUGAUCCAUCGUACGAGGCCGUUAUCCGCGCAAACGAUAUCUUACCAAAGAAGAACGUAACACUCAAAAGUCUUAAGGAUAUCUGGGUUGAUUUAUCAUGGGCUUCCACCGUAUUCGCUUCGGAACGACCUAAACCUUCAGCUCAUUUAUUCGAAUCUUUCGUCAAAAUUGGGCGUCCUCUCAAAAUGCGACUUGAUUUAGCCCAUUUAGAACUUCACCAUCCAUUAACGCCGAAUCAUUUUGCCGCCGUUCAGUUCAUGCAUCGCAAUGCCAACUCGACCGACCUUCGCCCCAUAAUUAGGAAGAGGCUUCUCUGCUUAGCUAUGGAUACGGCUGAUCGGCUCAAGGAGGUUGGGGAUACUGAAGAAGUCUCAUGGGUUGAACGCUUCCUAACGAGAUUAGGCUACGACCUAAAUACAUGUAUCGGUAUCUUUAACGCUCUAGAGGGAAGUUUAAUUGCGUCAGAACUGCCUAUACGUCGUAUGUAGAUAUUCGUGGAAAUACGACAUGAUUAAUGAUUAUGGAGUUAAAUUGGAUGGUACUAUGGGAAAGGGAUACCUGCGAGGGCCGGCGUUUGGGGGCAUUGCACUCGCAUAGCUUUACAAUUAGGUACAUAUGCAUUUACCUCAAAACAUAAAUAUAAAUUCGUGGAAAGAUAUCACGAGAUACUCAUAAAUUCAUGAACAUUAUUAGAUCCUCGU